AUGGUUGGUGUGCCGGGGAAGAGUAAGGGCUGCAGUACCUGUCGCCGUCGCAAAAAGGGUUGCGAUCAGAAGCGUCCAGUUUGUGGUCAAUGUCUCACAAGUGGCAACAUUUGCGGAGGCUAUGAUCGUGAGCGGACCUUUAUCCUUCAUCCCGCCAGCGAAAAGGUCCAACACGCCAUCUUUAUCCGUCAUACCAAACCCCCCAUCCUCCCUCUCCCAGGUUCCAUCAACCGGGGAGCCGUUGAGUCGCAAUGCAAGAGUCUGUUUUGGGACCUCUACAUGCCCCAAGGGGAGGCAGCCUGCCGAGAUGACUUCAUCAUCCGUUGUGGCCAACCCAUGAAUUGGACAGAAGUCAUCCAAAGUGUCUCGAAACAGGAUACCUCCCUGGCAGACGCCUUUUCAGCUUUGAGCAUUUCAAGAGUCGGCCAAGGCCACAGGGAUGUCCGCCUUGUUCAUGAAAGUGCAAAAUUGUAUGGAAAGGCACUCAGGGAGCUGCAGCUCGCUCUCUUCGAUCCCCAACGAAUGUAUUCCGAUCAUGUCCUCAUGGCGUGUAUGCUGUUGGGGCUCUAUGAAGUCUUCGAGGGUCCAGCAUUCAAUUCGCGAAGUUGGAUGGCACAUGCUACAGGAGCGGCUCGACUGAUCCAACUUCGUGGCCCCAAGCGGCAUCAGACUUGGCUUACCCAUCACCCUUUCCUGGCCGCCAGGAUCCCCACAAUAUACGCUGCCAUUCUACAGAGAAAAGCAACAUACUUGGCGACGGAAGAAUGGCGAACGGUGCCCUGGGAAUUCCAGCACAGGACAUAUUUUGAUAGGAUGGUCGAUCUCGGUACUCUCAUCCCAGGUAUCUUGGAGCGAUUUGACAUUCUCCGGGAGUGUGAUUCCGACAUAGCUUCGGAACUCGCCCAGCUCCUGGAUGAAUGCAGAGAUUUGCAGACAAAAAUGAACAAAUGGAGAGAUGGCACAAAGAAAGGAGCUACGCCACGCGUUGUCGAGCAUGACCCACUCGAUCAGUCUAGUUAUCCUUUCACCACCGACCUGUGGUUCGAGAACCAUUUAUUCGUCCAUGCGCGGCUGGUUUAUCACACCUGUUCGCUUGCGCUGAGCGAAGUGGGAAAUGAAGUCCUGCAAGCUCUCAAUCUCCGAGACCAAAAAAUAUUGUAUUCGAUCGACCGUGCAUCAUUGAAAGAGCUGUUUGAUGCGGAAGGCCAAGCAGCCAACGUUUGCCGAUGUGUUUCCUAUUGCUUACAAUCAGAAAUGGGAGCUUGGGGUGCCAACAUUGUCAAUUUUCCUGCAAACCUAGCAUUCGCGUACUAUCAAAGAACAGGUCACACCGCCGCCACCGAGUGGCUGGAAAAAGCUUUCCGGGGCGCAAAAUUGAGAGGACUGCACGUCAACAACGUCUUCGACGUGCUUCUACCGAGCUUUCGAGAUGGAGAUGAUCGCAUGCGGUUUUCCAAGAGAGAAUCAAGUACGGAAUCAUCAUCGGAGAGCAGUGUACACUCGCCAGCUUCGAACCAUAGUAUCGCAAGCCACACCUUCUCCAAUCAUAGUGUGUCGAGUGAUGCGACAACUAUAUUUGUCUAUGAAGAUCCCUCGAAGGACUACGACACAAACUAUGAACCAGAUUGA